CGCACCACAGACCACCUUUCCUUUGUUUGAACGUCGGCGUCGAGGCAGAAGCGCCGCAGGUCGCUCUGCUCCGCGUUCCCCCAUGUCUGCGGGAUUAUCCGCCGAGCUGUGCGGGGAGGAGGUGUUCUUCACGCAGUUCCCCGUCCACCGCGCCUGCCGGGACGGGGAUGUGGCCGCUCUGGUGCCGCUGCUGCAGCAGCUGUCAAACCGGGCUCCUCUGACCGCUGAGGACUCCUACUACGGAUGGACUCCCAUUCACUGGGCUGCUCACUACGGACGGCUGGAGUGCGUGGUGCUCCUGGUGCAGAUGGGCUGCGAGGUCAACACCCCCACCAGCCGCUUCAACCAGACGCCGACGCACACGGCCGCGUUCGGAGGCCACCCCCACUGCCUGGUGUGGCUGACGCAGGCCGGCGCCGACAUCAACAAGCAGGACUGCGUGGGGGAAGCUCCCAUCCACAAGGCGGCUCGCUCCGGGAGUCUGGACUGUGUCCAGGUCCUGCUGAUAGCAGGCGCCGAACCACAUUUAAGGAAUGCCAACGGACAGACGGCGGCAGACCUGGCGCACGCCAACGGCUUCCACGACUGCUUCUGCUUCAUCUCCAAAGCCCAGACCCGCCUGGGUCACCUCAGGGAGCUCCACGCUCACAGGGUGCAGGGGGACGACCGGGCUCCCGGCAGUCAGCGGCCGCUCGGCAGGAAGAGGCAGCAGAACUCCGUGGAAGGUCGACACGUGAAGAAAGCCAAGAGAGCUGACGGUGCAUUGGAGCAGAUGCAGAGCAGUGCAGGUGAGGAAGAGGAGGAGGAGGAAGGCAUGAACCUGGAGCAAAGCUCAGCAGACCCCACCAUUGGCUGCCCCCCUCCUCCUUCGUCUCCCAUCCUGGGAGACUCCGAGCAAGCCGCCAGCCUCCCCCCACCUCUGGACAGUCCCAGCACCCACCGGGCGUCCUCGCAGAAACCCUCGGCGGACAUGUGCGGCUCCCUCCACCUGGGCGGCGACGCCAGCGGCGCCGUGACCCAUCGCUCCGACUGGUGGAGCCUGAUGGAGGCGGGCGGUGGGGACCUGCUGCAGUACGGACACUUCCACGGCUUCGGGGACACGGCGGAGGACCUGAGCGACGGCAGCAAACCGCCGCCAGCGGGGGCCCCCGUCCUCCUCCGCCGCUCAUCAGCCCUACAAGCUUGAAGAACCGAGUCCUCCGAGCUGCCAACCCGACGUUCACCUCACUACAGGUCCUGCCUACUGUUGAUGUUCCCGCUCGCUCUAGUGUUCUCCAGGACUGGAGGGUUCUCCAGACUGGUGUGUGUUUAGUUAGCUCUGUCCUUGAGGAGCUGGGAGACUCCUGACGUACCAAAGGGAAGGUUGUGUCUGAAGUAUUUAUGUUGUAGGUCGGGUUUACGCAGAGCUGUACUGUCAUUCUCUGUAAUGCACUGAAGACCACCUUUUUUGUAACCUGUGGGGGCGGGCACGCCGUCCCCCAAAACUGCCUUACAGCAGCACGAUGAAGCUCAUUUUCUACCUUUUUCCUGCUUUUCCUGAGAAUAAAUUAGUUUUGCAUUUUCAGACAAA